AUGGCUUCAGCACCUGAGGAAGUCUCUGGAGUCGUAGAAACGCAAGCUCUUGAGCUCCGGGAAUUUUACAAACUCUACGAGACCGCUAAAGAUCAUCACAAGCGUUUCAUCACGCAUCGCCAGGAGCACAAGGAUCCAGUCGUUUUACUGCCACUCGAUGCACUCCAGAUCAAGCUCGAUAAACUUGAAAAGGCUAUCAAACUCCAGCGCGAACAUCGAAGCAAACCAGACUGGGAACCAAAUGCUAUUCAAUUCUGUUUUCUUCUUAACUUGCCGCUUGAUGAGCUUACAACUACUUGGAACAACUACAAGCAGAGCAGUGUAGUUCUCCACCACCUAGACAAUGUCGGCCCGCUCACAUCUUAUUUUCUUCAGAAGGCGCAAUAUGUUUCUGCAAAGAGGGACAGAGAUGGUAAAAAUGAGGACAUAAUUGACAGAGUUAAGUGGUUAGAAGCGGCACUCGACAAGCUUGAUACGACCCGCAUCAAGCGAAAGGACCCCGAGCUUGAAGCAUGCAAGAAGAACGACGGUGGACAUUGUAUUGUCACCGGAGUUGCAAACCCUCAAGUCUGCCAUAUUAUUCCAUUCGCUUUUAACAACUCCGACAAGAACACUAAAAAGACAUCUCUCUUUUCAAGCACCAUUUUCUCAAUGCUUGGCCUUCCAGGAAAUAAGGAAACAGAAGAUGCUAUCACCUUAUUACACCAAGGAAAGGGCUCUUUAGACAAGCAAUGGAAUAUGAUUUGUCUCAGCCCUUCCUUAUAUAUAUGGUGGGGACAUGCUUACUGGGCGUUCAAAUGGCUUGAUGCGACGCCUCUUACCGAUGACACCAAGACAUGUAAAAUCAGGCUUCAGUUCCACUGGAUGCCGCGAAACAUCAAGCGCGAUCCUACUGCGUCUUUUUAUCUAAAGGAUCUCCCAGACCUCGAGGAACAAAUCAAACAUUGCUAUGGCAGCGAGCCAUACUUAUGCAACGAGCAAAACUGCCAAGCAUGUUAUGGAACGAAAGGCAUUGCUGCGCAUAAUGUCGAGAGCGGCCGUCCUAUUAGAACUGGUGAUAUUUUUACCAUCAUUCGAAGCACCGUUGAUGUACCGCUUUGCCGCACUAUGUUUGAUAUACAGUGGGCUAUCAUCACCUCAGCUGCAAUCUCAGGAGGAGCUCUAGUGCCAGACGAGCUUGGAGACUUCAGUUUCCCACCAGGCGAUUAUCGUUUCUCCUAUGAGGAUAUUCAGGACAAUGUCGAAGCAGAUGAGGACACUCAAUCAAGGGUACAAUCAUGGGUUGACCAGAACUCACCAGAGCCGCAACAAGAACUUUAGGGAAGUUCGCAGGUACAAGCCAUGGAUACAAGAUUCAACAGGAUGUCCAUUGGAACAGCAUCCAGUGCUAGUGAUGUCACGGC